AUGAUCUUUUAACUUCGUUAUAAUACUAAAUUAUCUGAAUCACUAAACAAUAGCAAAGAUUACUAUUAAAUGCAAAGUACAAAGUGGGUUGCUCCAAGACUAAAUUAGCAUAGAUUAGAACAUUUGUAAUUCACUUAAAGGAAUAAAGCUCGUUCUAAAUACCCAUAAGAAAUGCUUCUAUGUCUUGUAUCUAAAGGACUUGUUCCAAUAGAAAAGUAAAGAAUGAUGAAUCUCUAAUCUAAUGAUACUUCAUGCAAUUAAAAAGAUAACACUUCUGAAUUUAAAUAGGAGCAUCCUUACUAUGGUUCAAAAAUCAAUCCAUCAAUAUCAGAAAUUGAACGAUGUAUCUUAAUUAAAUAACUUCAUAGAAAAUAAAAAAGUAUUACCUCCCCUUUAGUUUAUAGCUAUCCGUCCUUAAAUUAGAACUUAAUCAAAAGAUAAGGAUCCUAUUGAAACUUCUACUUCCAAAAGUUGUAAAUUAGUAAGUCCAUUGAUAAAUAGAAGUGAUUAAAAAUAAAAUGUGAAACGUUCAGAAUCCAAAGAUAAUAAUGAUAAAAUUGGAAGAACUUCAUCGACACCAUUUAUUCAUAAAACUGUUUAAAAUGAAAAUCUUACUAGUAGAUCAGGAUCGCCAAAUCAAAGAUCAAAGUCAAAACCAACCAAAACUUAAAAAAUAAAUAUUUAAACAAAGUUGACAUAAAUUAAUGAAAGGAGAUAUACUCAAAAUCAUCAAGACACCUCUUAACCUUAAAGUAAUUUAAAAAUAACAGAAUCUACUGAAAAGAAAUUGUAAGUUAAAAGAAAGAAAAGAUAAUUAUAAACUACUCAACAACAAUAGACGUUAUAACAACAAAAUUCUUAAAAGGAUAAACUCAAUUAAAAACAUACUUCUUAUCGUUGUUUCAUUAAUAAAAUCAAUUUUUCAAAUAAUCAAUGUAUAUAAUCUCCAAAUAAAAUGGAUGUACCUGCUUAUUACUUUUAUGUAGGUAAGGGUAAUAAUGGAAGUCUCUUAAAGAAUCUUUUUAGAUAAAGAUGGUGGUGGUAGGAAGUUGAAUCAUUAGAUUUAAAUAAAGUUAAUAUGGUAUGGACUCAAUUGAAAUAAAAUAUAUGUAUUGAUAGUUUACCUACUUUUAAUAUGGCUACUAAUGAUACUAAUUAUAAUAAUGAUUCUUUUAUUUAAAGCAUUGAAGACACUGUUAUUGAAUCAAGCGAUUCUGAAUUGGAUAUUCAUAUAAAACCACGAUCUGUCCCUGUUUUAAGUAUUAAUUAAUUAAUACGUUAAUCAAUUCACUCUAAGAAAAAAUUAUAAAUCAGUAAUCACAAUUAAUUAAAAAGAAUAUUUAAUUAAGUUGAUUUACAUUAAAUUUUAACCUAUAUGGAAGAAAAUAAUCAGAGUGAUUCACAAAUUGUUUUUAGCGAUUGUUCUGAAAAAUUGCUCAUGUCCAUUAAAGGAGUAAAAUAUUUACAUAAUCCCUUAGUUAUAAACAACAAUUCAUUAAGAUAGCAGAAAUUACAAAAUGCACAAUCAUAUGCAAGAUAAUUGGCACUUAGGCAAUAAAAAAGCACUAUUUUACAAUAUGAGAAAUUAUUUUUAAAUAAUAAAAGAAGAUUACACUAAGUAUAUUCCUAUUACUUUUCAUAUCUAAAAGGGAAUGGCUGAUACUGAAUAUUUCAAAUUUGUUGAUUACUAUAAUAAAAGACAGGAAGAGAUUAAAGAACUAGAAAGAAAACAAUAAUUAGAAUAUCGAAGAGAUAAGAGACCUAAACCUAUUAGUUUAUGGAUAGUGAAACCAGGAGAAUGUACAAAUAGAGGAAAUGGAAUCACUGUUUGUUAAGAUUUAUUAGAAAUUAAUAAAAUUUUAAAUGAAGAAUAACCUGAUGGUCGAUAAAGAACAUAUAUUGUUUAAUAGUACAUAGAUAAUCCAUUUCUUUACAAUAAAAGAAAAUUCGAUAUAAGAUGCUAUAUGCUUUUAACUUCUUAAAAUGGAAUUUUUAAGGGAUAUUGGUAUUAAGAAGGUUAUAUUCGAACCUCAUCUAAAGAAUUCACAACAAAGUGCUUAAAUAAAUAUAUUCACUUGACUAAUGAUGCUGUUUAAUCUAAAGAUGAGGACUAUGGAAAGUUUGAGUUUGGUAACAAGAUCUCCUUUCUCGAAUACUAAAGAUAUUUGGAUACAUAUCAUCCUUAAUAAAAAUUCAACUUUUUUAUUGAUAUUUAUCCUAAGAUGAAAAAUGUUGCUUUAGAUCUUAUGAAGGCUUCUUAUGGUAAAAUUGAUCCUUAGAGAAGAUCAAAUAGUUUUGAGGUAUAAAAAUUAAUAUACUUAGCUAUUUGGAUUGGAUUUUAUGAUUGAUGAUAAUUUUAAGCUUUGGCUUAUUGAAGCAAAUACAAAUCCAUGCUUAGAAUUAUCCUGUCCACUUUUAAGCAGAAUUAUACCUGCCAUGGUUGAGAACUUAUUUAGGUAUCUAAAUUAUAAUAAACAAUUAUUAGAAUUGCAAUUGAUCCAAUUUUCCCUCCUCCUUAUUUUGAAGAGUGGCCAUAAAACAAAAAAUUAUUUAUUCCUGAUAAUGUCCUGGAAAAUAAUCGAUUUGAACUUAUUUUUGAUGAAUUAAUAGAAAAAAAAACUAUGAUUAAUUUAUAUAGAGACAAUAAAGUUGAAUAAGAUUGUUUCAAAAUAGAAGAAGAAGAAGAGGAAGAGGAGAAAGAUUGAC